AUGAAGAACUUCGUAAAAAGGUCAAAGAACUUAAUUGCUCUUCAAAAGAAAUUAUACCGUUGUAAGAAAAAGAAUGAACAAUUAAACAAAUUAGUUAAUGAUGAAACAGAUUCAAAGGAUAUGCAAGUAUUGAGCGAACCGUUUUCAACUUAUGACGAAGGAUAUACCAAUAAUGUGCAAACAGAAAGGACACCAGUCGCUACUCCGUUAAGCAAAACUAUCUCUUUUAUGGAUUUUUUGUCAUCACCAAUCCCAGAUAUCGAUAAAAAUAAAAUAAAGAAGAAAAUUUUCGAGCUGAAUGUAUUAUCAAAUUCUCUUGAAUCACAAUACAAGAAUACUAACACAAAUGUAUCAAAAGCGCAAAUAAAAAACAUUGCUGAUUACGAGGUUACCAAAAAGUAUCGCAUGAAAUCCAAUUUUUCACUGAAGUUAGCAAAGGACCCUGAAAACAGGAAUAAUUCAGGCAAAAGAAAGAGAAAUACGGACUCUACAGACACAGAAGUGGACUCUGAUGUAACUUAUGCUGAAACCAGUGAAUGUGAAGGAUAUGAGAUAAGUGAAGAUCUAAGCAGUGAAGAUGAAAGAAAAUGUACGGAGGUUCAUGAUAAUAAGGAAAAGCUUAAGACAGAACAAAAAAGUACUCGUAAGAAGAAUAUGUUCGUGGACAGAGAGAUAACAGAAAUGGAAGAAAGAAAAAUACUAUUUCCAGAACAAACAAUGAAAAAGAGAAUAAAAGACUUAGACUUCAUGAAUCAAACUGUAACUUACAAAUAUAAAAAUAUUACGUGA